ACGGUUCGGAAGAGAAAACAAGGAUUGAAUAUUGAGGGUAUCUUUCUGUCAACAACGCUGCGUUCGUUCUUAUUGGAAUCAGCCAUGUCUCCGCCGUCUGCGUUCAUGUUCGGAUCGGAACUUCUGUGAUUCAUACGCAAUCAGCCAUGUCUCCGCCGUCGGCUUCGUCAUCGUGGGCGUUGGUCCCCGAACAUCUUUUCACCGAGUUCUUGUCAUUACUUCCUGUGAAAUCUCUUCUUCGAUUCAAAUGUGUAAGUAAUUCCUGGAACACUCUCAUUUCCGAUCCCAAUUUUGUAAAAUUACAUCUCAAGAAAUCAAAAUCACAUAAUCCACAAUUCACACUAAUCACUCAACACAUCAAAGAUAUCAAGGGAGAAUCUCCAUACGGAAGUGAUGAUGAAUCUGAGGUUGAUCACAGUAUCAUUCCAUACUCUAUACAUUCUUUUCUCGAUAAUCCUUCGUUUACCCUUUUCGCUGAUCAUCACUAUCUUUUGAACGAAAAAGAUUGCUCUUUUGUAGCUGGUUCCUGUAAUGGGUUGAUCUGUUUGUAUGGUUUUCGUUUCUCGCCCACGUAUACAAUUCAUCAUCAAACGCACGAGUACUGGCUUCGUCUAUGGAACCCAGCCACUAGGGCAAUUUCUGAAAAAAUUGGGUGUUUUAUUGAUUAUCGUGAUUUCUGUUUCAAUUUUGGUUGUGAUAAUUCCACCGGUACUUUUAAAGCGGUUGCGUCGCGUUACAUUCCUGAUAAAUUGACAAGCGAUGUGAGAGUUUUUAGUUUUGAUGAAAAUGUUUGGAGAAAUAUUCAAAGUUUCCCGGUUGUUCCUUUUAAUUUGAGUGGUUCUGGAGAACAUGAAGCUGUGUUUUUUAAUGGCACUCUUAACUGGUUGGCUGUUCGCAAUGACAUCCCAUACACUUGGUAUCGUCAUCAUCCUGAGAAUCUCACCGUCGAGCAGUUUGUUAUUGUUUCACUUAAUUUGGGGACUGAGAUAUACAAUAUGUAUACUUUGCCUCAAGGUUUUGAUGAGGUGCCCCCUGCAGAGCCAACUGUUGGUGUGUUGGGUGACUGCUUUUGUUUUUCUUAUUCUUAUAAGGAAACUGAUUUUAUUAUAUGGCAGAUGAAGAAAUUUGGGAUUCAAGAGUCUUGGACUCAAUUUCUUAAAAUUAGUUAUCACGAUCUUCAAUUAAACUAUGACUUUAGUAACGGUACACUGAAGUAUUAUCUUUAUUUCUUGCCAUUAUUUCUUUCUAAGGAUGGUGAUACUCUGAUACUGUAUAGUAGUCAAGAAUUGAAAGUAAUUCUCUAUAACUGGAGAGAUCAUAGAGUGGAGCGAACAGAAGUUGAAGUGCGCAAAACUAUUAUUGAUGAUGAAACCUACAAUCAUUCAUGUUGGCAAAAUGCCAACGGUUUUGUUGAAAGCUUAACUUCAAUUUGUUAAAAUUUGCAGGUGGAAGAAAUUGUCCAAAAUCACUUCAGAUGCUUAAUUCAUGGAGGAGGAAAACAAUCAGAUGUUGAAGGUAUUACACAAGAUAGAAGGGACUGGAUAAGCUGGGAGGCAAGAGUCAUGACAAAAACUGAAAUUUUGUCUCUCACUAAACUACAUCACAACUUUUUAUCCAAGUACAAGUUUUCUAAAAUACUAAAAUAUUAUUUUGUUCACCAAAUAUCGUAUAAAACAAGAAAUUGCUGGAUGUCAUAAGAGUUUGUUAUGUGUCGUUCUAUCAUGCGUUGUGAUGUCCUGUCUUAUGCUAUUUUGUCAAAUACUUACUCUUUAACGGAUCAUACACACACUUAGGAACUUUGGCUCUGUUUGGAAAGCCAAAUAAGUUAGCUUAUAGCUUAUAAUAAACUAAAAGCUCUGGUUGGUAACAGUUUUUAUAAAAGAGCAUAUAGUUUAUUUUACUAGCUUAUAGCUUAUUUUUCAAACGCUAUUUCAAGUAGCUUAUGAGCUUAUAGCUUAUUAUCUUUUCUUUCAAUUUUCCUCAUUUUACUUGAAAAAAAUUUAAAUAUUAAUUAAACAUACUCCCUCCGUAACACUUUAAAAGCAAAAAUGCACUUUCUAGAUUCAUUGUAUAUUUAAUGUAUUUAGUCCAUAAUAUAGACCGGAUACAUUAACCACACAAUGAACCUAAAAACUAUAUUUUUGCUUAUAAAGAGUUAUGGAAGGAGUAUUUUUUUUUGUCAUUUCAUACUUAUAAGUUAGUUGAACCGCUAAUUUUGUCAUUUCAUUGUAUAACCCUUCGUUUACCCUUUUCGCUGAUCAUCACUAUCUUUUGAACGAAAAGGAUUGCUCUAGUAUAGCUGGUUCCUGUAAUGGGUUGAUCUGUUUGACUGGUUGUCAUUACUUGCCUGCCACGUCUACUAUUAUCAUGAGCACGAGUACUGGCUCCGUUUAUGGAACCCAGCCACUAGGGAAAUUUCUGAAAAUUUUGGAUGUUUUAUUGGUUCUCGUGGUUUCAACUUCAAUUUUGGUUGUGAUAAUUCCACCGGUACUUUUAAAGUGGUUGCCUCACGUUACAUUCUUGAUCAGAGGACAACCGACGUGAGAGUUUUAAGUUUUGGUGAUAGUGUUUGGAGAAAUAUUGAAAGUUUCCCGGUUGUUCCUCUUCAUGUGGAUCCGAUAGUAUUUGGGCAUAAUGCUGUGUUUUUUAAUGGCACUCUUAACUGGUUGGCUAUUCACAAUUACACCAUGGAAUCUUGGUUUACUCGGCAGAAGUAUAUUACUGUUGAGCAGCUUAUCAUUGUUUCGCUUGAUCUGGAGACUGAGACAUACAAUAUGUAUACGUUGCCUCAGGGCUUUGUUCAUGUGCCGCCUACAGAGCCAACUGUUGGUGUGUUGGGGGACUCUCUUUGUUUUUCUUCUUGUUAUGUUUACAAUGAAGCUGUUUUUAUUAUAUGGCAGAUGAAGAAAUUUGGGGAUCAAGAGUCUUGGACUCAAUUUCUUAAGAUUAGUUUUCACGAUCUUCAGUUAAACUAUGACUUUAGCAACAAGAUGCGGAAAUAUCAUAUUUAUAUCAGCCCAUUGUUUCUUUCUAAGGAUGGUGAUACACUGGUAUUGCGUAGUCAUACAGAAGAGCAAGCAAUUCUCUAUAAUUGGAGAGAUCAUAGAGUGGAGCAAUCACGAGUUAGCGUGCAUAAAACUGUUAUUGAUGAUGAAACUUACGAUCAGUUAAAUUGGGAUGAUGCCAACGGUUUUGUUAAAAGCUUAAUUUCAAUUUGUUGAAAGUUUGGUGAUUUUCAAACAAUGACAAUCAGCUUGCCUCUUGCUGCCUCUCUGUGAUUCUUCUCAAAGGACAUUCAAUCUACAUUGGACAUUUUUUUAUUUGUUUGCUGGUGGAAGAAAUUGUCCAAAAUCACUUCAGAUGCUUCAUUCAUGGAGGAGGAAAACAAUAAGAAGUUGAAGAUAUUACACAAGAUAGAAGGUGAAAGGAAAUUCCAAAAGCAAGAUCAAUUGUUCUGUGUUUGAUUACAUGUAUGCAUCGAGAACUAGUCCUCCUGCCAUCAUAGGCUGAAUAUAGUAUCUGGUUUUUUUAAGUUACAGUGAAAUAAUUUGAAUUCAUGGAAAGAAUCACAUUUUGUAGCUGCCAUAUUAAUUGCGGCUAGUAUAUAUGUUGUUGAUACAGGUGUUAAUGUCAGAUUUUUCGACCCUCGGUAGUAGGAAGAAUAUAGUUGAAGUUAUCUUUUUAAAAUUUUGUUUUAGAAAUUCAAAAUUGUUUACCCCAACUUGUACUUGUAACUUGUACACCAAGCAAAUUAGAAAAAAAAAAAAAGUAUAUCAUAAUUGCAUAAGUGGAGCAGAUGUACCACAAAACUUUGUUACAAA